AAUCACAACCGGAACAGAAUAGACCAAAAGAAGCAGAGAAUCAGAGAUCCGAAGGAGUGCGAGGGUAUUUCCGAACCGAAACGGCGGAAACCCACAUCGCUGUCGUACAAACGUAAAGUACCCAAAACAAGACAAACGUACGACCAUUAGGUAAGACGAGCUUAUGUACUGUAACCAUAAUAACCAUCUUUCUUUACCCUGGCCUGCACUCAACCAACUUUUCGUCCUAAAUUCAUCUCCUCUCUGAAGAAGGGAAAAAAAAAAAAAAAAAAAAAAAAAAAUUCCAAAUCGGAGAAGAUGAUGCACAUGACCUUCUACUGGGGGACGGACUUGACCCUCCUGUUCGAUUCAUGGAAGACCUCGUCGUGGGCCAGUUACUCCCUCACCCUGCUCGCCUGCCUCAUCGUCUCCGCCUUCUACCAGUACCUCGAGGAUCGGCGCGUGCGCCUCAAGAUCGUCUCGUCCGGGAAGCCGCCGGCGCAGAUCGAGGCGCCUCUUCUGCAGGGGAAGAUCCUUGGAGGAGGGGGCAAGUGGUCGGCGGCCAGGAUCGGCGGGGCUUUGCUCUUCGGGGUCAACUCCGCGAUCGGGUACAUGCUGAUGCUGGCCGUCAUGUCCUUCAACGGAGGGGUCUUCGUGGCUGUCGUGCUCGGCCUCGCCAUCGGCUAUUUGUUCUUCAGGAGUGGGGAUGACGAUGCUGCUACGCUUCUCGUUGAUAAUCCUUGUGCUUGUGCUUAGAUUUCACCCCCCCAAUAAUCGGAAAAACAUUCCAAAUCAUUUCCCUUUUUGGUUUCUUCUUUAAUUUGGGGGUUCAACUGUUGGAAAGCUUUCAGUGAUUUGUAAACUAUUAUAAGAUGAAUUAUGUGAGAAUGGAGUCUAUGUGUCAUCUGCCUCACAGUGUAUAUGUAAUUCUGCUUAUUAUGAAACCCAAUUGUUUGUGUGUUCAA